CGCAGCACAUGUAUCUUGGACGUUGCUUUGGUCGCGACGCGCGCACUCCCACACCUCGCGCGCCGCGAUGAACACCCCUCCGCCACCCGAUAUCGUUCUUCCGCCGCCGGAAUCACCUGCGUCGAAGCGAAUACGCCGCGCAGCUUCUCAACCACACACUAAUGAUGGCGCCGACACGAGAGAGGAGGAUGUCCCAGAGGAAGUGGAGCGUGGACGCGAGUCGAUGUAUGUCCGGCUGUUCAAAGAGAUGAUCCAGACCGUUCUCGAGUUUGAAUCUUACCUCUUCUCGCCGCAGGAACUCUGGGUGCUGAAACACAUCAUCGACCUUCCUUAUGAUCCUCUAUAUCUCCUCACGCGUCUUCUCCUCCGGCGUCGGGGCAAGGUGCACCCUAUCGCCUCGAUCGCGCCAACGUACUCGGGGGAGCUCGGCGAGGAGGGCGUCAAGCGCGCGGCGAGAACGCUAUGCGAGCGCCUAGACAUUCCAGACGAUAUCUUGGAGCAGCCGAACGAAAAGGCGCGCUUGGACUUGUGGGGGACACGGAAGUGCAUACCGGAGCGCAAGCCGUCCGCAUCACGCCGUCCAUGGACGGAUUUGCCGACAGGCUUGAGCGCGGAUGAGGAGCGCGCCGACCCCGAUCUGGCAGAGGCUAUCCGCCAGAGUCUGUGGGCGGAGCAGCAUGGAGAUAUUUCAACCGCAAAUGGCAAUGUGUCCGCCUCUGGCGCAUCAUCGUCCGGUACGACGACGCCCGCUGCACCGGCCGGCCCAUCCUCGGCUCCUACCUUCUGGGAGAUGUUUGAGAACCCGUAUGUUCAGACUCCGGUUCGCUCGCUCGCGCACGACGAGAGCGAGCUCACACUCGACGACAUCAUGUCGUGUGUCUCGGCGGACGAUCUGCGGCGAGUGGCCCGUGCGCGCAAGGUUCCGCCCCAGCUUCUCGUUACCCGCGAAUCGGUCAUGAAGGCUCUCCGCAGCAUCGCGCACAACCAGACGACGCUCUCGUUCACCCACGUCGACCGCAAAGGCAAGGGCAAAGCGAGACCCGUCGGCUCCUCCACUCGGGUCACCUCGACGUCGGAGCGUCUGCUUCUCGCGCAGCUGAUGCCGUGUCUCGGCGGUCACGUCAUUCAGAUCGACCCGUCGCUGUACACGCUCAUCUCGCGCGUUAACCUCAUUUUCUCUCGCACACCGCCAAUAUCCGCGUACACCCCUGCGCUCCUCCUCCCGCCCAUUCUUGUCUCAUCUCACCGUCGACGAUAUCCCGAUUACGGGACGCCCACACGCUCAGUCAUCUGGAGGGAUCGAGGCGAGCUGCUCGACUGGGAGCAUGCGGUGCACUACGCAGCGCUUGUCUCUGAAGUUUUGGGGGACAAUUGGGCUGAGCAGCGCAGAGGUGGCGGCCCGGUGCAAUCUUUGUGGAGAGGACAGCCACUCACGCGCACAGAGGGCGCCAAGCUCGUGCGCCGUGUGUGGGAGAAUGUGUGGCCGCAGUGGAAGGAAAUAGUCGCUGGCAAGGGCGGAGAGGCAGUCGACGAGAAGACUGAACAAGGCGCGCUGGCGAGUGACCGUUUUCGAACGGCUCACGUGCUCACACGCAUCGUAGCAAAGGGCGCGGAUGCCCUUGGUGUACUGCACGAGUACGACCUCGAGUGUGAGGUCCUCCGAGCGCUUCUCCGCCAGCGGCGCUGGCGUCGGGGAAAACGAGGCGCUUGGUACGACCGCUUAGCCCUCGUUCUGAUGACGCAUUACAAAGCAUCCGAGGCACAGAAGCUUGAGAAGAUGGAGGAGGCGACCCAGGUUUGCAUCGAUGGACUCCUCGACCCUGACACGCAUCUCAUCUACCGCCCGCGGCUUUCUCAUCGCCUAACCCGGCUCGAAAACAGACUGAACCUUCCCGCUGAUGAGCGCCAUAUCAGUUACGCGCAAUUGCUGAAGUGCGAGACGCGCGAACUUGUGGCGGUCCGGUCGCAGCAGAACAUCGGUAUGCCGUCCGCUCAAGCUGGUACCAAUGGCCGGCGAGAGUCAGCCGACUUGGGACUGAACGAAGGCUCUCAGGAUACGGGCUCUUGGCAGCAAGUCGGCAAGAGUGCGUGGGCAGGGCGCGAUGGAGAGGUGACAGUGGAGGGCUGGGUGCUUGAGUGGUGGGAAGAUAGGGGAUACGAAGGCUACCACGCCGAGUCGUCGAUCCUCACUACUUUGUUCGCGCUGCUCAUGUGGCCCGUCCUUUUCCAUCCCCUUCCCGGCGCAUUUGAGACAUACUACCAGACCGCUCCCCUCGACCUCGGAGAGGAUACUUUCGCGCGCGCCCGCGCUUCAAUGAUUGAAGAGCGGCUCACAGAAAUGGAGUCGACCGAUGCGGCGCUCGCGAUGCUUCGCGAAACAGACAAGCGUGAGCGCGAGCGGGGGACCUGGGCCGUCGGUCUGAGCUGGGACUUUGGCCAGCGCGAGCUGGAGGAGAUUCUCACUUGCAUGGGUGGGCACGCGAUGGCGCUUAUCUGUCGCAUGCUAUCCGAGGAGUAUCGGUAUCGUGCGAGCGGCGUUCCUGAUCUCAUCGUGUGGGAUUACGCGAGACGCGAGGCGCGCUUUGUUGAGGUAAAGGGGCCGGGCGACUCAUUGUCGGACACACAGAAGAUCUGGAUCGACGUCCUCCUCUCCGCAGGGGUGCCCGUCGAGGUGUGUCGGGUCAAAGCAAAGGAGGACGCGGACGGGAGACCGAUCAUGCGCACGAAACGUACUGAUUCGGGGAAGAGCAAGCGUGCAGCCGCGAAGGCGCCCGAGCCGAUCGUUGUGGACGACAGCGAGGAGGACGAGUGGACGUACGAGUCCGGGGACGAGGGUAAGCCCGAGGGGCGCUGGGCGCGGCCUGGCGAGCUGAAGCGGCGGAAGUAAGUUGGUUUCUGUAGCACUACUUCAUGUAC